GAUUGUGAUUGAAUAUGCAAACAUUUUCUUUGCGGGCUAAAUUUUGAUGAAUAUGGAAAUUUAACAAGGUCUUGUUCCCAGGCGAGUGGCAUUGAUCUACGUGUGUGUAGAAUAAACUUGGUAUAUAAUCUACACAGUACAUGUACAUUACAUGUAUUUUUAUGUUGUUGUUAUUACAAGAAAAAUGGCUGCUGGCACUGACGUGCGUUCCCUUGAUCAAGCGUUCGCGACUGUUUCCGAAAAAUUAAGUCUCAGAGAAGGACUGAAAAGCCAGCAAUCUGCAGCUCUCAAACAGCUAGUUGAAGGUCACGACCUUUUUAUUAAUUUACCAACGGGGUUUGGAAAAAGUGUUAUUUUUCAAGCGGCGCCGAUAGUUUUAGACUUUGUUAGAAGUGUCGACCAUGCUGAAACUGAAAGUGAAGGGGAUCUCCAUGAAGAUGCCGAGAAAUAUUUAGUUAUUGUUGUCCUUCCGUUGAAAGCCCUCGUUAUUGAACAGCUGGAAAGAGUUCGCAAAAUAGGUCUCCAAGCUGCAGACAUUACAUCUGGGGUGACGGAUAGUGUCCUGGAGAAUAUCAGCAAGUUGUCCAUUAUUUUUUCAAGUCCAGAGACGCUGUGCGGACAUCGAGGCAAAGAACUCCUCCAAGCAGUGAGGGGAAGGUGCUCGGCUUUGUUCAUUGACGAAAGCCAUUGUGUGACUAAAUGGGGUCACUCAUCUGGACAGAGUAGUGCAUUCAGAAAGUGCUAUAGCCAGCUUGGAGAGCUACGCUCCUUGCUGAAAUUGUCUACAUCAGUUGUAGCAUUAACUGCCACAGCAACAAAGAAGGCAAGAAAGACAAUUGUUGAUAGUCUAUCCAUGCGUAACUAUGUUCUCAUUGAGGAGAGUCCAGAGCGAACAAACAUCAAGUAUGCUGUCGAAAAAACUUCAACAAAGAACUUUGAGGGUCUGUUUGAGUGGCUAAGUGAAGACAUCAAGGAAAACGGAAGUGCAACAAACAGGGUAAUUGUGUAUUGCCAAUCAAGAAAAUUGGUUAGUGAACUCUAUACAAUAUUUAGGUCCCUCCUUCCCCUGCAGUACCACAGAUAUUUCAACAUGUACCACACCAACACUGAGGAUGAUGUACAGCGAAUAAUUAUUGACAGUUUUGGCAAAGAGGAUGGAGAGGUUAGGGUACUUUUUGCGACCAUUGCCUUUGGGAUGGGGAUUGACGUCAAAGGUGUGCACACAAUUAUAAUGCUUGGGCACCCAGCAGAUUUAGAUGACUUCAUGCAACUGAGUGGUAGAGCAGGACGAGACGGUAUGCAAAGUGUAGCCAUCCUUAUUGGAUAUCCGGGUGCAGGAUCGUGUGUUAAGACAACUGAUGAAAUGAAGGAAUUCAUGCAGGGUGUUACCUGCCGACGCAGCAUUGUCAGGGACAGUUUCCCCAACCCUCAUACAGAUUCAGAGGACAUUUUGAAACACAAUUGCUGUGAUGUAUGUGCACAUGCAUGUCUUUGUGAGGGAGACAUCUGUUCAGUCGACCCAUCUUUUCCUGAACAACAGAUUCACAGUAUAGUGACCCAUGGACCUUCGUUAGUUGAACUCCAGUCUGUUUCUGUACCUGAUGGUGAGCUCGAAAUACUCACCGAUGAACUGAAUGAUUACAGGGAGACUCUGUUAGUUGGUGUAAGUCGCCAUUUGUAUACUGGGGGGGACAUGGCAUGUGGGUUAUCGGCUAGUACUGUUAAAAAUAUUAUUUCACAAUGUAACUUACUUUUCACCUUUGAUCAGUUUUGUGAAAGGUAUCCUUUUUCAACUAAGGCAAUUGCUUUGACAGUAUGGGACAUCCUCCAAAGAACUUUGAGUCGACAAGGUGAUGUGUCAUUGAGUACUCAACAUUUAUCUGAUGAUACACUGCUUCAUGAUUCAGAAGAUGAAGAUGACUUGAUAAGUGGUGAAUAUGCAGAGAUAGAUUUAAAUGGGUACAGUAGUGACAGUAACUUAAUUACAUGAAGGUCAUUUUACCAGGUUUUGACAUGCAUGUAAAUCAGUGUGUAACAAGUGUUAUAAAUGUUUGCCCUUAAAGGGUGUACAUACUUUUUGUAGGACAAAAAACACAAUGUCCACAGAUUUACACUAAACUUACACG